CUUCGGAGGUGUUUUCGCGUGCUGUGAGCAGUCACACCGCGUCCGUGUUAAACCCGCCAGAAUGAGCGAAUCUUCAAGCAAUUCACCAAAACUCACCGACGAGCAGAUAGUGAACAGGUGGGCUUUAGACUUUUACGUGUUUAAAGCCUUCAACGCGUUUAGGAAUGGAGAUUACACCGCGUUCACGGAGUUCACGGACAUUAUUGAGAGUUUGGCGGUCAGACCUGUUGAUGGAAACAAGGAGGUGAUUGUCAAACUGCGUUUCAUGCAGUUUCUGUCCCUGGUGAAUAAUGGAGAUAAGCUGGGAAUCACGUUGACUCUUGAGUCUGCUCUGAAUGUCCUGGAGUCCUUAUGCAGAGACAUGAGUGUCCCACAGAAACACCAUGAACACCUACACAACUCCAUCACUGAGAUGCUCAUUAAAGUGUGUAUCAAGAGUGGCGAGUUUGAGAGAGCAGAGGAGAUGUUGAACAAACACUUUCACAGAGGAGUGGACUUCACUGCAAAGAGGAAGCUGUUUGUCAAUCUGAUCCGGAAGAGGUGCUGCUCGCAUUCAGUGCUGCAGUUGAGCUCUUACACAGAGUUUAAACAGGACAUGCUGGAUUUCAUCGAGCGAAUCUACAGCGUCCCACAACCCUUCCUCAGCACGAUGCUGCAGCGCUCGGGAGGUUUGUGUGUCGUGAGGUCACGUGAUGAGCUGUACUCUACACCACCUGAACAGACAAGCCCUUCCAAAUCAACUCAACAUGGUUCAGAGUGCUCUCCAUCAGGUCCGGUGCAGGUGAGUAUGCAGCAGCUGCGUCUGGUGUACAGCACACUGAGCGAGCAGUUCGGGGUGAGUGUGCCCUUCUGUCAGCUGCAGCAGGAAGUGGAGAGUGAGGCGCUGCAGGAGAACAGACGAGUGUCCAGUCCAGAGCUGCACCUGUCUCUGUCCGAGACGCCACGUGAGCAGAGUGAGAGACUGGAUGUUGGCGAAGUAAUGAAGCAGGAUGGCGAGCACAGCUCCACGCCAUCACGUUAUGCUGACAUGACCAUCUCGCGAUUAGUGCUGGAGGAGGACAGUCAGCACAGUGACGAUGACAUCAUACCACAGGAGGAGGAGUCACAAGUUAACAACGUGUCACAUGACACACCAGCCCCACUGAUGCAGACUGACAGGAUUGGCAGUGAUGGAGCAUCUGUCUCUGAGCCGCAGACGGGUGAUAGCAGCCCUGCAUCUGUCUGCCGCAAACACAUUAGGAGGAGAAUAGUGAGUGAAUCAGAGAGUGACUCGUCUGAGCAGCUUCCUGAAGUUCAGAGUUCAACCCCUGCACGUCACACACGUGACCCCAGCUCACCACCACCCGUCAGCCGCACAAUCACAGAUAAACAACACCAGAACAGGAGAAUAGUGAGUGAAUCAGAGAGUGACUUGUCUGAGCAGCUUCCUGAAGUUCAGAGUUCAACUCCUGCAUAUCACACACGUGACCCCAGCUCACCACCACCCGUCAGCCGCACAAUCACAGAUAAACAACACCAGAACAGAAUUGUGAGUGAAUCCGAGAGUGAGCAGCAUGCACAAGUUCAGAGUUCAACUCCUGCACAUCACAUGCAUGACCCCAGCCCAGCGUCCAUCAGUCGCGCACACACAGUCAAACAGCGCAAGAAGAGGGCACGCUGGCAGGAUGUAUCAGGCACACAUGUGGACUGGAGCGAUGAGGAAUCAUUGUUUAUUGCAGCUCCAAGUAAAGAGAGACAGACCAGAAGGAAGUGGACUGUGGAAGAAUCUGAUUGGCUGAAGAAAGGAGUGGCCCUUUAUGGAGAGGGCAAAUGGGGGAAAAUCCAUUCGGCGUUCCCGUUCAAAGGACGCACAGCUGUAAACCUGAAAGACCGCUGGAGAACUAUGAAAAAUCAAAACGUUGUGUAAUAUAUUGAGCUUUAUAUCCAUUUUAUUUUGAUAUUAAUUUACCACAUUUCAAAAGAGAACUGAAGUUUUUCUGUACAAAUUUUGUUUCAUAAAUGAUUUGUUUUAAAAUGUUAAAAUGUAAAAAAUUUUAGGAAGACUUUUUUCAUUAUUAAACGUCUUCAUUUGUCCUA